AUGUCGGCGACUUUGGACUCAAAGUCUGUUGGCCAGACGAAGAAGUUUGGAAAGGGCGAGAGGACCAUCCCCAGCCAAAAGGCUUCAAAGUGGUAUCCCACUGAGGAUGAGCCACAGCCAAAGAAAGUCCGCAAGACUAUCCACCCAGCGAAGCCCCGGGCCAGUCUUCAACCGGGCACCAUCCUCAUCCUCCUCGCCGGUCGCUUCCGAGGCAAGCGUGUUGUGCUCCUUAAGCACCUCCCCCAAGGCGUUCUCCUCGUUACCGGUCCUUUCAAACUCAAUGGCGUCCCUCUCCGGAGAGUAAACGCCAGAUACGUCAUUGCCACCAGCUCGAAGGUGGACCUCACGGGAAUUGACGACAAGGUUCUGGAGAAAGCCUCGGAAUCCGAGUACUUUACUCGUGAGAAGAAGGCCGAGAAGAAGGGAGAGGAAGCUUUCUUCAAACAAGGAGAGAAGCCAGAGAAGAAGAAGGUCGUCAGCGCCCGUGCCAACGACCAAAAGGCCAUAGAUCGGCCAUUGUUGGCCACCAUUAAGAAGGAGCAGUUUCUCGCCAGCUACCUCUCCACCAGCUUCAGCCUCCGGAAAGGUGACAAGCCUCAUGAAAUGAAGUGGUAA